GGAUUGUUAACUAAUGUAUACAUUAUUAUCAACUAUAAGAAAUCAGAGAUCAAUGGGUAUAUUAUGUAUACCAUUAUCAAUGGUUUGGAUGACAUACCAUAAUAACAAGUAUAAGCCAUCGUUUCAGACGACAUCCAGUGUCCGACUAUUGUCUCCAAAAACAAACAAUCGGUAUCAUUGUCUUAGAUCGGCGCUAAUGAUGGUCAACAAUAACACCGACGCCGAUAAUGGCUUCGAUAUGAUUCACAUGAAAGACCAGUGCAUCCGAUCGAUAGGUUGGGUUAUAAAACCUCGUAUCAAUGAUAAUAAUAUUAUUAGCGGUCGAGGAACUGGCGUUUUUGUUAACGAGAAUCGUCUACUGUUGACCUGUUAUCAUGUGGUCGCAGAUAAUCCGUUUGUUUUCGUUCAUUAUCUUCAAAGCUAUGAUAAUCAGCGGUCGGAUUCAGAUUCCGAUUCCGAUUCCGAUUCCGAUUCCGAUUCCGAUUCAGAUUCAGAAUCAGAUUCAGAAUCAGAUACAGAAUCAGAUUCAGAUGAUUCCUAUUCCUAUUCAAAAUCAAAAUCAAAACCACGAAAAAUAUUAGAGUUAAUUCCGAGUUUAGCUGACGUCCUGUAUGUUGAACCGCACAAUGAUCUGGCAUUAGUACGGCUCUGGGAUCCGCCAUCACCAUUGUUUAAUACGUCGACAAAAAUGCCGGUGACUACCAACAGUUCAGUGAGUACCGAUUUUGGUGCACCAGUAGCUAUACUAGGUCAUGGCGGAAACAUAGGGUUUGCAUUGCAUCCGGGUAUGGUUAUUACACCCCAAGUCGACAAAAAUUUGAUACCCAUUACGUAUUAUAUAAGUACUGUAAUGAUCAAUGAUAAACUGCCGAUCGUAACCCACAGUACUAUCGCAUUGCCCGGCAAUUCGGGCGGUCCUCUCAUCGAUACCAAUGGCCGAGUAUGCGGUAUAUGUUUUGGCGCUGUUAUAAAUCGUGGACAGAUAUCGUUUACAAUCGGCUCGCAAACUAUAAUAGAGUUUAUGACUAAAGCAUUAGCCUAUGAAAGUGAUGGUAUAAAGCAAAUCCGUCUCAGGGAACGGUAUGAUUGGGACAGUCGUACUGUAAAACAAAUAUUGGGUAUAAUCGUAGAUACAAAACCAUUGUCUGGUAGUUUUACAGUCACAGCGGCACUACCGACGGCCACAACUGAUGCAAAUGGUAUUAUCGGUAGACGUAUUAGUUUACUUAACGGACAGGUAUGCGAUAGUAUCGAUAAUAUCCGAUUGGCUAUCAAUAAUAGACCGCAAGUCAGAGUGACCACUAGAUUGUCUACCAGUGAUGAUGACGACAACAGUACCGAAACGGACAUCAAUACGAUAACAAUCAUCGAUAACGACAACAAUAAAUAA